AUGGCGUUGGUUUCUUCCUUCACAUCUCCUCCGUACGGAACGCAGUAUUCUGGAUAUUACCGGCCUCCUCCGUCGCCGCCCAUGGACGAGCCAAAGUGCUCCCUGCCCUCCAUCUCCAACCUGUUGGGCCUUGCCGAUGCAGGCUCACUGGCGAGCGAAGCAGCCUUCAAGUCUCAACACAACUCUCCCCGACCCUAUGCCAUCAAGGCCGAGAGCCGCCCGUCUUCUCGACACAGGGCGCUGCCGCCCACACCGCCCAUGUCCACAGAUGCGUCGUUUGACCUUCGCCGCUCUCCGUCCAGCAAACCCAGCAGCAUCCCGCACGCUGCUCCCAGCCACUACUAUGAGACCACCCCCCCUGUAGAGGCCCAUGAUGCUCACCGUCAUCGGAUGGCUCCCUCUCGGCCUACUGUCUCAACCUCGGCCGCCCAGCAGCUGCCUGCCAUGUCAUCUGCCCCGUCUCCUGCCAGCAACUACUACCCCGUGCAGAGUCUACCUCCGCCGCCGCCUCCUCCUCAGGUGCCUGGUCUUCACUAUCAACGUCCGCUGCCCCAGUCCUUCCCGCCGCCGCCUCCUAGCCCUCUGAGCGUAACACCCUCCGGCGGCUACGUCUGGCAGCAUCACCACUACCUCAACCCGUCCAACGGGAUCCCCUUCCCGCCCACCCAAGACCGAUACAUUUGCCAGACCUGUAAUAAGGCCUUCAGCCGGCCCAGCAGCCUGCGCAUCCACAGCCAUUCGCACACUGGCGAGAAGCCCUUCAAGUGCCCUCACACUGGCUGCGGCAAGGCCUUUAGCGUCCGGAGCAACAUGAAGCGCCACGAGCGAGGCUGCCAUGGCUUUGACGUCGGCAAGGGACCUAUUCUCCUUGCAUAA